AGCAGAGGAGGCCGUCUUGUUAUGUUGGCUUGUUUGGUCCUCCGCCUCAGCAACUUUCAAGGUCUUUCCAGAUAAACCGAAGAUAACCUAUAGAUUUCCCAGUCCUUAUUUAAGUAACGUGGAGCAUCAUUAUCCUCAAUUUUAAUACCUUACUGAGCUCAUCAGUUCAGUCAAAUUAAAUUUCAAGAAAAAAUGUAAACAGAACUUUUACCGAAAAAUUUGUAAUCAUUCUCGCUGAAUUCAGCACGAAAUUUAGACUCGUAAAUUUCGAGCUGAAGUUUUGGAAGUUCCUACGUCAUGAAACUCAGACGACAACGCAGUCUAGGGCUGCUCCUUCUCAUGGCCGCCUCUCUCGCUGCGGCGAGAGAGUGUCAGCACAGGCCACGAGACUGCAAGGAUGACUCGUGUUUGGUUACAUGGCAGUGUGGGGAGAACUCUCAGUGCGGCGCGCGUAGAGGCUGCGUCUGCCUGCCCUGCUACAGCGGCGACACCUGCGACGACUACGUGGACAGAUACCCAAUUAUGCUGCAGGAAGCAUCCGAUGUCUUCAUCAAAAUCUCCCCCGACCAUUCAGGUUCGGUGUACCAAGUGAACGCAACGGACGACGACCAAACGAUCAGCUGCACUAAUAUCGCGCGCACAAAUCUGUUCACCGAGUGCCCGUGCGGAGCAAUAGAGUACGGGCCUCUGAAGUUGAUGCGCCCGUUCUCAUCUGCCGAUGAAAACCCGUUCAAAAUGGACCCAGUGACGGGCGACGUCCUGAUCAAAGACUCGGCCCUGCUGGAGCCCGGAGAAACGUACUACCUACAGCUGCAAAUCCAGCCGUACAAGCCGUCGCUGGCCUCAGGAGCGCUGGUCCUGAACCUGACGGUGGAAGUGAUGCAGAGCGCGCCGCCCCACGCCGCUGAGGGCGACACCUCCGAGAGCGCCUUCCUGCACCACGACCACCCGGUGCCUUUGAGCCAGGUGAUCCCUGCUGCUGGACCCCAGGUGACUGGUGCAGUAUUGGGGCUCAUAACUCAUAACUCAUAA